AUGUCGUCAACACGACCCUACAUGGUACUCGACGAAGAUGACGAGAAGUGGAACGACAAUGAGAGCGAUAUCGAGUUGCUUGACUAUGACUCCGAGUCCGAUCUUGACAUCAUCGCGACUAGUUCUCGUGAGGCGUCUGCUACACCAACCACUCCGAGCUCGAACGAGGGAAAGACCCGCACGCGCAAACAUCCACCAAGCAACGACAUAUCUCUACCGGAUGUUGCAAUCCAGAGAUACAAAGUCGGCACAGGUUUCGUCAUUAAACCGGGCGACACAGUGGAAUUGAAAGAUCACUCGAACCAAGAUGAGGGCGCUAUGCAUUCGGGAGACUUUCUACGCAUCAAGAACAUACUCAUGAACUUGGAGACGGAUGAAGUGCGACUCCGAGGUUGGCGCAUGAGGCGUACAAAGUACCUUGGUCAGAUCUUCGACUGGAAGACGAACGAGUUGGGCAUGGUCCUACGUCUUGAUGAAGAUGACCCUAUAUCACCUUUCGUCGCUGGAAUGGAAGACAUCGAAAUCGAAGAUGUCUUACGAGUACGCGACUGUACUCUGACCAACAAACCCUACCCGCUUCUCAGCUUCCGAUCCGACGGUUGUGCUGCAUGGCCGAAUAGUAUGAGUAAGGACGAAAUCAAGCGACAGAUCUUCCAUGGAGGUAGGCUCACUUGCCGUGUCGUCAACAUUCUCUACAUAAGUGGCACAAAGACAAAGCCAUAUGGAGGCGUCGUUCGUCAUCUAUAUACCCACGAGGCGGAUGCGACUGCGACACCAGCUCAAACUUCAGAUCCCGGUGUUUCUCGCCAGACUUCGAUCUCGGUAGAGGAGACUGAAGAGGACGGAUACGUUGUCGUGAACCAGGCGCCUUCUGCAAAGAAGCGACGUGCACGCGACGACUCUCCUGACUUCGAGAUCUUGGAACAAGAGCCACCAAAGCGAAAGACUCAGCAUCCAUCGAAGCAGGGCCGUCUAGUGUUCGGAGACGUGUUCUGUGGAGCUGGGGGUGCUAGUCAAGGCGCUGCCCAAGCUGGCUACUAUGUGCAAUGGGGUCUCGACAAUGACGAACGCGCGCUUGCUGCAUACCGCCUAAAUCAUCCUGGUGCUACUACCGACGGACCCAAGGAUCAGGAGAAUUACGAAGCCAUCUACACGGUUGGUCCGAUCCUUAAGAAGGUCAAACCACGUGUCGCAACCCUGGAGCAGACCUUUGGCCUCGCCACUCACGAGCAGCACAAGAGGAACUUCCGUAUGCUCUUGUACGAUAUUGGCAAAGCUGGCUACGAUGUCCGCUACAAGAUCCAGGACCUGAGUCAAUACGGCCUUGUACAGAAGCGCAAGCGUUUACUGAUCAUUGCUGCAAGACGGGGUACGCCUCUCCCUCCCUUCCCAAAGCCUACACAUGGCGCCCCAGGAAGUGGGUUGAACCCUUUUGUGUACAUCGAUCAGGCCCUCAAGCACAUCACCCGCCAGGGCAAUCGAGCCAUGAACGACUUCUACCAUCAGCCCAAACUAUUUCCUGUUCCCAGACCAGCCUAUGAUGCGCGGACUUUCCUCCGAGGCUGUAUAACAACCGGCGGUACGACAGCUUGCCACCCCUCAGGCACACGCCACUUCACACCUCGCGAACUCUCUCUGUUCCAAAGCUUCCCAUACGUGUAUGAGUUUACUGGUCCCAAGGGUGAGGCCACGAAGCAGAUAGGCAAUGCCUUCCCGCCAAUCAUGGCCCAGGCAAUUUACCAGACCAUUUCGAAAACUCUGGAAGCCUUUGAAAAGGGUCUUAUCGGAGCAGAAGAUGACCUCUCUGAUCUGGAUCUGGAUCUAAUUCUGGAACAGAGCGGUGAGAGCGCUCCUCAACAGCGACGGCUCGACAGCUUCACCGGAAGCGCAACCCCCCACAGACCUUCUCGGACUGCCAGCUCCAGGAUGGCGAGAGCUACUGAGUCGCGAACUGCAUCGCCUUCCACGCGCCAUAGGGCAGAGUCGAUGCGAUCACGACACAGGAAUGCAAGCGGCUUUCCGUCUUUGAAUCUCCUCGAUGGGGUGCUGGAUGGCAUCAGUAAUUUCGCGAAUAGGAGCACCGCUUCCGCCAGCAAGUCUACCAGACGACGUCGCGAGCCUAGUAUUCCAGGCGACGAUGACGAAGUCAUCUAUAUUCCCAGCGACAGCGAAUGA